CUAAUCGGUGUCUACAGCAAUUGUCCUACGAUCACUCGGCGAGCGAAACCGAUGCUGCAGCACGAAUCGGCAAGGAUUUCUACGUGGACGAUUUCCUCAGCGGUGCUGACACUGUGGAAGAAGCAACUCAGCUGCGUUCUGGAGUGCAGCGCAUCCUCGCGUCCGCAGGGUUCGAACUUCGAAAGUGGUCGUCGAAUUCGUCCGAAGGAUGAUAGGCCAAUUGUCGCAGUUGAUGACAUCCAAGGCUCCGUCAGCACACUCGGUCUGCUGUGGCACCCUGAAUUGGAUACCUUCCGGUUCAAAGUUCCUGAGCGAUUCUCUGAUAAUCCGAUUUCGAAACGAAUCGUCGUCUCCGAGAUGUCCAAACUCUUUGAUCCAUUGGACUUCAUGGGUCCGGUGGUCAUCACAGCCAAAGUGUUUGUCCAACAACUUUGGAAGUUAAAACUAAGCUGGGACGAGGAGCUUCCCAAUUCACUCUGUACCGUGUGGGAAGACUACAGACUUGGUCUGGCUGCUCUAGGAACAUUUUCCAUCUCUCGUUUGGUCAAAGCUCCAGGCGCCGGAGACAACGUGCAACUUCAUGGGUUUUGCGAUGCAUCCCGAAAUGCUUACGGAGCAUGCAUCUACUUGAGAAGUGUCGGAAGAAGUGGUGUCGUCACAACCCGUCUCCUAACCGCCAAAUCCCGAGUAACUCCAAUCCAAACCUUAUCAAUUCCUCGUCUAGAGCUCUGCUCUGCUGUCCUCCUCAGCCAACUGUACCAAACUGUUAUGUUAAGCCUCAACAUAAAUGCUAAUGUUUAUUUUUGGUCUGACUCUUCAAUCACUCUCCACUGGUUGUACAACCCACCGUCCAACUACAACACUUUCGUGGCAAACCGUGUCGCGGACGUGCAGCGACUCACUGAAGGAGGCACUUGGAAUCACGUCGCCGGUCUGGAGCACCCGGCCGAUCUCAUCUCGAGGGGUUUCGAUCCCUGCGAGCUCGUAAACAAUGCACUAUGGUGGAAGGGUCCACCGUGGUUAACGUCCGAUCCAGUGGAGUGGCCAAGUAUGUUUCCAGUCCAAGACGCCUGUGAAUUUCCUCCCGAAGUUCUCGAGGUUAAGCUUCGUACGCUUGCAGCCGUCACUCGAUCCACCGAAGCUCCCGAUCGCACACUGUUCACCCGCUACUUGUCACUAACAAGACUCACCCGCAUCGCUGCAUAUUGCCGCAGAUUUGUGCGGUACUGUCGGGCCAAGCUCGCUGGAUUCCACCUACAAGCUAUUCCGUACCUUACUUUAGCAGAACUCCUUCAAGCACAAGAAGGCCUUGUGAAAGUUGUGCAAAAUGAGUGCUUCAGCCAAGAAAUCGCUAUGCUUCAGGCCAGAUGCGAAGCGGAUCUCAAGAAAUCCCCAUUACGUAUCUUGAAUCCCUUCAUCCACGAUGAUGUACUUCUGGUCGGUGGCCGGCUGAACCACUCUUCAUACUCGUUCACGCGCAAGCAUCCAAUGCUUUUGCCUGCAGCGCAUCCGUUCACCUCACUGCUCGUUGAUUCGGUGCACAAGCAGCUUCUCCACGCUGGUCCACGUGCGAUGAUCGCACACAUCCGUGAACAAUAUUGGCCAUUAAACCUCCGUAACCUGGCAGCACGGAGACACGUCAAAUCCUGCUUGCGUUGUUACCGCACACGACCACAAGCAGAACACCAGCUGAUGGGCCAACUUCCGAAAGUUCGCAUCACUCCGACCCGUGCGUUCCUUAACACGAGCGUUGACUUCUGUGGUCCCGUUUGGCUGAAGGUACCAGUACGUCGAACGAAACCAGCUCCACCGAUCCGAGCAUACGUCGCUGUAUUCGUAUGUAUGGCUACGAAGGCCGUAGCUGAAACGGGCGCAGACAGGGAACUCCGAGACCUCUGCAAGCAACUCAACGAGCAACAACUACGACUGAAGAUAGCAUCCAUCCAGUUCGACAUUCGGCGGCCUUUGGGAGGCCGCAGUCAAGGCUUUCAAGCAUCACUUUCGAUAGAGAGCUGUCUCAACUCUCGGCCACUGACCGCCCUAUCUGAAGACCCAAGUGACACGGAAGCCCUCACACCGGGACACUUUCUGGUCGGAUCAGCUCUCCAAUCAAUCCCGGAGCCCGACCUUGCCCAAGUUCCCAACAACCGGCUUUCGCUUUGGCAGGAGGUGCAGCGCAGAACCCAAACCUUUUGGAAACUCUGGUCGACGGACUACCUUCAUCAACUGCAGCAGCGUACGAAGCACUACUACCGGCAGCCGAAUGUUCUGGUCGGCAAGCUGGUACUCCUGAAGGACGACAACCUACCACCGCUCAGGUGGAGCAUGGGUCGAAUCGAAAACGUCCAUCCCGGCGCGGAUGGUCUCGUCCGUGUGCUGACCGUCAGACUGGCAUCCGGCGCAGUCUUCGACCGACCGAUCGUGAAGAUCUGCCUACUUCCCAUCGACGAUGACGCAAAGAAUUCUGCCGGCUCGAGUGCGGCGAAAGUCAAGCUUCCUCCACUGGUGGUGAAGCAAGUACCAUUCAACACGCUGAUUAGCGAUCUCUCGUCGCUGGACGUUGCAGCUGAGUUUAAGCUCGGCAGGAUCGGCACCAAGGUGAUGCUCCGUACGAAAGCGGAGUACGAGGUGGCCGUUAAAUAUCUGAAGGAUUCCAAGGCGACAUUCUUCACGCACGACAUCCCAAGUGAGAAGCCCUUCAAGGUAGUCAUCAGGGGUCUACCAAACUUCGACCCCAAGAUGAUCGAAGCUGAAAUCAAGAUGCGGUCAUCGUCAAGAAAGGAAUAA